AUGUGGGAGGAACAACGGUCGAUUGGGGAGGCUGAGAGAAAGUUUGUACUUUAUAAAAUAAAACCUCCGAAACUCCAAAGUCAUCAAACCCAAUCAGUGGUUUCAAAGUUCGAUGGUGAACAAUAUUAUGAUGAUGGAAGUGGAUACUGGAAAUUCUCGGCCUUUAGACUCAAAAAGAUGUUUGGUAAGACCUGCAACAUCAACCGACGACACCGACGACCUGCAGCACCGGCGACACCGGCGACCUGCAGCAGCACCGGAGACACCGGCGACCUUCAACACCGGCCUUUCUCCAUCUCCGAUCAGAUAAUGGAUGAAAACCACACUACAAUUGUUGAUUGUGAAACAUCUUUAAAAAUGAAAAAACCAAAAUUUGGGUGGGAUAAUCGUAGCUUCAUGGUGUUUGUUGAUUCGUGCUUGAUUGAACAAAAAAAAGGCCAUAAACCCGGUACCUCCUUUGAUAAAUUUGUGCAAGAAUUUUUUAAUCAUUCGGGGGAAACGAUUCACAGGCAUUUCCAUAUAGUUUUGAAAGUCGUGCUAAAACUUAGUGCCGACAUCAUCAAGCCAGACGCAAACUAUAAUGAUGAUGUUCCCGAAUAUAUAUUAAAUAAGCCUCGGUAUUAUCCAAUGUUCAAGGAUUGCAUUGGUGCUAUAGAUGGGACACACGGGACUGCACAUGAUACAAGAAUUUUCAAUGAAGCCUUACAGAGACCAGAUCUUAAUUUUCCUUAUUCAACGGGUGAUAAAUAUUACGUUGUUGAUGCCGGAUAUCCAAAUACAAGAGGGUGGGAGUUAUUAAGAGACAUGCAUGUUAAUUACAAGUACAAGAACCAAGUGAGAAUUGUGAUAGCAUCGAUGGUGAUCCAUAACUACAUUAGAAAGUUUGGUAUGUCCGAUGAAGCGUUUAAUAGGGCACAACAAGAAUCCUACAAUCCCGUACGAGGUGAUACCGGUAGUGAUGUUUACGAAGAAGGUCCAACUUUGAUUUCCUGGAAUGAGAGUAGAAGACAAUGGAUUGGGGAUCAAUCUCAAAGAUCACCAACAGAAAGAAUGCCAGAAGAUCCCGUCAAAAGGUCCAAGGAACAUUUAAUUUUGUUUAUACAGGAGGUUUUGGAAUCGAUCCCGCUUACUGCUGAAGUGAAGCUAUCUGAUGAUGCAUAUGAAAUUCUGAUAUUAAAAUUCUGA